AUGGCCUCUGAUGAACAACCUCUGAAUCGAGAACCGGCAGCCAAAGCCCUCAUUGAACACUUUCUCACCCCCCAAAAUAUAAGUUACGAUCGGAAUCAUGGCCCCAUGCCCAAGGCCCUUGAUAGUUGCACCCACACUGUUCAAAUCGGUGGCCUGGUCAGCAACCCCCUCACCCUCGGUAUGAACCAACUCCGGUCGGAGUUUCCUCAGCAUGAAGUCAUAUGUGCACUGGAAUGUGCAGGCAACCGACGACACACGAUGCGCACAAUUUUGAGAGAAGUUCAGGGCAUUGACUGGGGUGACGGGGCGAUUAUGAAUUGCAAAUGGAAGGGACCCCGGAUCUGCGAUGUUCUGCGCCGUGCAGGUCUAUCGGACGAAAUGAAUGGUUCAGACCAGGAUCUCCACGUUGCUUUCUCGUCUCACCAGGCAAAGUGCGCAGAUGCAGAUCACUUUGAGAUCAGCGUUCCGCUGGAUAUCUGCUUGCGGGAGGAUAGAGAUGCUAUUCUGGCUCUCGAAGUGGGUCUCGCCUCGAACACGCAAGAACGUGUCAACGACACCGUUCUAGAUCAUAAACACGGAUAUCCUGUCCGGGUGAUUCUUCCAGGGGUCGUGGGCGUCCGAUGGGUGAAAUGGCUCGAUCAAAUCGUCAUUCAAGACCACGAAUCACCCAACAUCUACCAAGAACGAGACUACAAGGUUUUGCCUCCAGAUGCUGUUGACUCCGAAUCCGCAGAGCAAUACUGGCAUUGUACUCCCCCUAUGUACGACAUUCCGAUUAAUUCUGCUAUUGUAAGCCCAGCCGAUGGUGAGACUGUGCAUCUCUCAUCCACCGGUACCGUUGAGGUUCACGGAUACGCUAUCCCACAAGGCUCCGGAGGACCUGUGGUAAAUGUGCAGGUCUCGGGAGAUGGUGGAGAGUCGUGGAUGAGUGCUGAAUUGACCGGCUCGGAAGUGGAGACUAAAUGGGGUUGGGUGCUGUGGACUGCCCACGUAAAAGUGACCCUGGGAAAAGGAAAACAGAUCCUGAGCCGUGCUACUGAUGCAGAGGGUAACUCACAGGAAAGUGAGCAUUCUCAGUGGAAUUUGAGAGGAGUUGGAUACAGUGGUUUUGGCCGGGUGAUGAACUUGACUAUUGUGCAAUCCUAA